UACUUCGUUUCUUAAAGCUACAUUCAGUUACGUUCUUUUAAUGACAUGACGAUGGGCACUUCAUUGUACGUACUGGUUGUAUACAUUACACUUGUGACUAUCAACUUCAAGAACGUUUGGGGCCAAGCAGGAUGUAACCUGUUGACAUCCGAAGAAAAAGAUGCUUGCUUUGUUAAAGGCGUGACUCAUUCCGAUGACAGCAGCGAUGUGUCAUGGAUGGAGAAGUGCGUGGUGAAGUAUUUUUGCCUCCAACCACAACCAGGACAAAAACCUAAAGAUUUCGAGAAACCCCAGUUUGAGAACGAAUUGAAAACCUUUCGUCCCGGAGACUAUUUUGAGUACGCAGCGAAAAGGAUCGAGAAGUUCUUCCUCGGUAACCCAGAUUGGAAAACAACUAAAUCAAACCAGAAUUACAGAGGUAAUGGGUGCGUCAAGCUUCUUGCCAUCACUGAWGCCCGUUACCUCUACGUUACAUAUGUACUAUUCAUCCAAAGCGGUAAAAGACUAACUGCAUGUCAGCAGGACAGCAAUAAAAAGUACAUCUUGCCAGCAGGCGUGUGCUUCCCUCGACCUUAUGGCAGCGGUACUUGUACCUCGGACUACGAUGUGGGCCUGAUUGGACAUACGUCAGGAAUACUGACAAUUGAAUUCAACGCUUACUUCAGUAAAACCUUCAAAAAGCCAUCGGAAGAACUUUUUGACACCAACGUUUACGCGUAUACCCUUGAAUACGCAAUGCCUGAGAUGUUUACUGGUAUGACUGGAUUCUUUAAGAACAUCGUCCCUUAUUUGGGUCUCAAGCCUUGGUAUCAAAUGCAGGAAUUGGCCAGCGCCUAUUUUAAGAUGUAUAAAUUUAAAAAGGCGUUCUACGAAGAAUUCAAAGUCUAUGCCCUAGCUAAUCUUGGUGGGCUUGGACCUAUCAAGUCAGUACCAGACCGUAGUUUGUAUUUCAGACGAUCAAUCCAAAACCUUGAAAACUGGGACAGAACUAAAAAGGCAGUCAAUAAUAUUAAUGACCUGAGGAAUGAACACAAUAAAAUCUACGAACAGAAAAUGAUAGAAGCCCAAAAACACUUUGACACGAGAAAGAACUAUCAAGAGAUAGUUAGAUACAUGUCGGAGAUGUCUUUAGCCCUAGUGUAUGCAGCCGAGGCCUAUCACACCAGAGGUGCCAUACGCCACGUGGUUGGUGAUCUUCAAAUGCGUUUACCGAUUGUCAAGGCAACCACUAUAGUACAGGAUUACUGGGUGUCUAUGAUCGAGAACUGGGCUGACUGCAACAAGGAAUAUGAACACUGCACUGGGCUCAAUGUAGAAGCCUGUCUCCUCAAAAUGAGCAAAUAUCUGCGCCGUACGUUCCAUGCAAUGAAAAGCAUCUACAAUAUUUUAUCACGGAUCCCUAAUCCUGGGAACGCUCUGAAAGCCACUAACCUUCUUCCACCCAUGUAUCCCUUUCAACCUGACCCUGAGCAAAUAGCCCUAAAAUGGGUUUUAAUAUUUCGAGGUAAAAGAGAAGAAAUUCCAGAAUUUAACACAAAUGUCAAGCCCUUCUUGGAUACCGUUGGCUGUAGUGGUCAAAGAGAAAAAGCACCUUUGGAUUUUGACUGCAUGAAGAGCAUCCAAUCUAAAGUGAUGUCAUACAACAACAUCCUGGUGUCUGCUACAGCUAAAGAUUCUGCAGCUAUUCAAGCUAUCUUUAUUUUGAUGACCAAUGGACAACAAAAAACCGCUCCUCCUUAGACCUGACAAUUUACAAAAGUACACAACACAACUAAUUUUAAUACAGUCAACUCUCGUUAUAGCUGACACCCUCGAGACCGUCGCUUGGUGUCCGUAAUAACGAGCAUCUGCAAUAGCGAGAGUUAUUUUUUUGUCAGUAUUUUUUGCUGGGGAUGUUGCUUCUGUCCGCAAUAGCUGUGUGUCCGCAAUAGCGAGGUGUCCGCAAUAGCGAGGUGUCCGCA